CGGAGGAGCGCUUGUGGAUUGCGCGAAUUGGAUCUUGUCAUUUCCAUGUCAUUGUUUCUAUCCAGGGCGAAUGUGUGACGGCGGGAGAUCAGAUUGCCGAGCUUACAGAAUGGAUACAAUACUGUGAAGUAUGCUGUGAGCUGUGUGAUCUCAUUUUGUUUUUGACUAACUGAUUGUGCUAGGUUUGGGCCAAGGCAGGGAUUCGGCUACAAAGUUGCGAAAGAGGCAUAGAUGAGCCCUUGAGCAAAAUGUCAUUCUCUAUACAGCAUCCGGACUUGUCAUCUGCUUUGGUGACCCCGAAGGGUGCCUCGACAGCAGAAUUCCAGUCUGUGGUUUGCUAUGUUGACGUUUCUCCCGCGAAACCGUCAUUGAAAAGAAAACGGAACAAAGCCACGGAAGAUGCAGGCGAUACUUUACUAAAUGCUCAGAGGAUUUUAGAGUAUUUCUCACAACAGACUUAUCGAGAGACACGAAAGCCAUCUCGUAGCGCCAAGCCUCCAAAGACUGAAUCCAUGAAGCAGCUCAGGCAAUUCUUGGACAUUGCACUAGAACUGAUGGUGCUCGGAUCACGAAAACAGUACAAGGGCAUCACUACCAAUACCUGCUCGUGGGCUGAGUGUUUGACACAACUGGCGCCUGCUGUGUUCAGUAUGCAGUAUCUCAAGGUAAGUCCAAUUUUCUAGGAUAGCUAUGCGUAGUAGCUUUGACCUGAUAGCCUUGUAGAUUAUUUAUGAUCGGG